AUGCUGCUUGGGUUAUUCCUAAAGGCUGCUUUCAGCUGUUAUCCUACAAGAUUGAUGCACUGGGUAGGGGGAAGAAAGCUAAAGUUCUGUGGGGUUGCUUGGUGCAUGCAGUGUUUUGGAACUUAUGGUUGGAGUGUAACAAAAGAAUUUUUUAGGACUACCAAGGGUGUGGGGAUGGCUGAGAUGUGGUAUAGAGUGAAGUUUUGGGCGGCUUUAUGGGCUUCGGUUACUCCUGUUUUUAAGGAUUUGGCUCUCUUCUAUUAUGCAAGAUUUGUUAGCGGUUGUGAAGUGGUUGCUGUUUACUUUUGUUUUGGUCCUGUGGAUUCCUAA